ACUUGGCAAUAACUUUGUCCUUUUGAUGGACCUUCCUACGCUCUUUCUCUCUCUCUUCCCUGAAUCUCUCUAUGUCCACACAAAACCAAAGUAAUUAGUUAUCACACUUUCCUAUAUUCUUUGUAUUAUGCAUUGACAAAACUACCGAUUUUUUUUCUCCCUUCUCGUGUUCUUUAUCCCUCUCACUCUCUCGCAGAAGAGGAAUUUAAAGUCUUUUAUAAACUAUAGCAAAGGAGAGAACAGAUAAUAAGAAGCAAAGCAUGAAUGGUGCUGCAUGUGUUGAUGCAGAGUGCUGUGAGUUUGUGGAAGUUGAUCCUACAGGAAGAUAUGGAAGAUACAAUGAAAUUCUUGGCAAAGGAGCUUCCAAGACAGUCUAUAGAGCAUUUGAUGAGUAUGAAGGGAUAGAAGUAGCAUGGAAUCAAGUAAAGCUUUAUGACUUUUUGCAGAAUCCUGAAGAUCUUGAGAGGUUAUACAGUGAAAUCCAUCUUCUCAAGACAUUGAAACACAAGAACAUCAUGAAGUUCUAUACUUCGUGGGUUGAUACUGCCAACAGACAAAUCAAUUUUGUCACUGAGAUGUUUACCUCUGGGACUCUAAGACAGUACAGACUUAGGCACAGACGGGUUAACAUCAGAGCUGUUAAGCAUUGGUGUAGGCAGAUUUUGGAAGGGCUUCUGUAUCUGCACAGCCAUAAUCCUCCUGUGAUCCACAGAGAUCUCAAGUGUGAUAACAUUUUCAUCAAUGGCAACCAAGGGGAAGUCAAAAUCGGUGAUCUUGGCCUUGCUGCGAUUCUCCGAAAAUCUAAUGCUGCCCGUUGUGUUGGCACCCCUGAGUUUAUGGCUCCGGAAGUGUAUGAAGAGGAUUACAAUGAGUUGGUUGACAUAUACUCUUUUGGAAUGUGCAUCUUAGAGAUGGUCACUUUUGAAUAUCCUUAUAGUGAAUGCAACCAUCCUGCUCAAAUUUACAAGAAAGUUGUAUCUGGGAAGAAGCCAGAAGCUCUUUACAAAGUAGACAGUCCAGAGGUAAGACAGUUUGUAGAGAAAUGCUUAGCAACCGCGUCCCUCAGACUUUCAGCUAAGGAACUCUUGGAGGACCCUUUUCUGCAAAUUGAUGAUUUUGGAUUUGACUCAAAAGUAUUCCAGUAUCAAAGAGAUUGCUAUGAAGUGGCCCCAUUAAUCAGACAGCCUUUGAAUGGAACGUAUAGCAUCAACACCUCAAUGAGUGGGUACACUGAUAAUCUUGGUGGUUAUGGGCCCUUCUCUGAAUUGGAUUAUCAUCAAAACGAUUUCGAAACAAGGGAAAUCGGUCUCUUUGAUUGUGAAGACGAUGACAAUUUAGCUAAGGUUGACACCACAAUCAAAAGUGGGAGAAGAGAAGAUGAUGGCAUCUUUUUGAGACUCAGAAUUGCAGAUAAUGAAGGUCGAAUUCGAAACAUCUACUUCCCAUUCGACAUUGAGACUGAUACUGCAUUGAGCGUUGCAAAUGAAAUGGUAACUGAGCUUGACAUAACUGAUCAAGAUGUAGCAGAUUUGGCAAAUAUGAUAGACAAUGAAAUUGCAACAUUGGUUCCCGAGUGGAGAACAGGAGUCAGAAUAGAGGAAAAUUCAGAAUGUUCAGGUGCAGGUGUCUGCCUCAAUUGUGCUGCAAACGGCUACUUGGUUGAUUAUGUAUCAUCAAAUAAUCCAUGUGGCAAGAAUCUUCAAUUUCUCCAUUGUUCUAAAAAUGGAUGUGCUGCAAUUCAUGGCCGAUUUGAGGAGAUAACAUACCAAGUUGAAGGGUCUGCAAGUAGUGAUGCCGAAGGUGCACGGGAUGCAUCAAGCCAUCCCGAUGGCAUUCAUUAUACAGAUAUUUGGGCCCAGAGAGAUGAACCAGAGUUAUGCCAUGAAGAGUUAAAAGACAUACACUGUGACCAAACUCAUGAGGCAUCAAAUCCAUUGAACAUCAAGGAGGAAGGAAAAGCUGUUAAUGUGGAUGAAAAAAGUUAUCUCAAUACCAAAAGGCCUCAUUCAAACCCUGCAAUAAAUUGUGUUAUGUUGGAUUGUGAAAAUGAAAUCAGGCAAGAGCUAAGAUGGCUCAAAGCAAAGUACCAGAUGCAGUUAAGGGAGCUUAGAGAUCAACAACUGGGGGUUAAGCCAAAAUUUACUUGCAUGUCUCCUGAUACGAAAAAAUUAAAUUGUGGGAAAGAUGGAAUUCAGAGUUUAUCGGCUCAAUCCAGAUUGAAGAUACAAAAGCAUAAACCACAAUUAAGAUCUAUAGUUUCUGGGAAGCAUUUUCCUCUUGAAGACGAGAAAUGCAACAAUUAUGCUGAUCAAAUGGUUCAAAAUGUUGAGGAGAUUAAUCAGUCUAACAGUCCUGAGCGAAUGCUCACAGCCAAGGAUUUCUUUACAGGAGCUUUGUUUCCAAACUCACUUCAGAGGGCAACCUCCCUUCCCGUUGAUGCAAUAGAUUUCUAGAAUCUAGAAACCACCGAAGUUCAUAAUCAUGAGUGAGCACCAAUGUAACUACAUUAACUGAUAGCCUGUUUUCUCAAACUUAGGAAAGAAAAUCAGAGCCUGAGACUGAUAGGAUUUACUCAAAAGACGCUAGCUGUAAUUUAGCUUGUGGGCACCCUUUUCCAUUAUGGUCACUUGACCUAGUAUGGAAAAGGCCAGAUGUAAAUCAUGCACAGGAUAACUCAGUCACAUUAAUGUAAGUAAAGUUUUCCCUUGGGAUGCUGAAUUUCAGCUCCAUCUCCUACAGGAUUACAUACCAUUGAUGAUAA